GGUCAGCUCGGAUGUCUGUUGUGACAUAUACCAGAGUGAAGGGUCAGGUUGUAGUGUAGUCUAUGGUGACGGUGACAAUAACAAAGUUCCUUGCUGCAGGCAAGAAAUGAUGGGGUGUAAUUAUGGUUUGGUUCGAUGUAAUUAAACUCUGAAACUGUCACAUCAAACGGAGAGGGAAAAAGAGCUGGGGAAAAAUAGGUCAGUGGAGAAUCUAAUUACGAUGAAAUGACUUUCAGGCACAGUGGAGCAGAGCAUUAGUUCUGGUCUGAUUACAGGAGCAGGACAAGCCUCAAUGACCUGAGGUAGCUGUGCUUUUUAAGAUCUGGGUCACUGCUGGAAAGAAACUGAGUGAGAUGUUUUGAGGAUAACUGGCCUUAUGAAUAUUUGUGAUGAUCUAAUGGCAGACCAAAGAAUGGACAUUUCCUCCACGAUGAACGAGUUCAUGUCUCCCGGCUCCACUGAUCUAAUCAGCUCGAUCGGCACACCCGGCAUGGACUACACACGCAAGAGAAAAAGCAGCACCACAGACUACCAAAUUGAUGGAUUUUCUUUUGAGGAUAGCAUGGACACAGACAAUGAUAGACUUGGUGAUCAUCAAGGCCGGAUUAAAAAUGCCAGAGAGGCCCACAGUCAGAUUGAGAAGAGACGCAGGGACAAGAUGAACAGCUUCAUAGACGAGCUGGCCGCCCUAGUGCCUACAUGCAACGCUAUGUCCCGUAAACUGGACAAACUAACAGUCCUGCGCAUGGCUGUCCAGCACAUGAAGACCUUAAGAGGUGCUGCUAACCCCUACACUGAAGCUAACUACAAACCAGCCUUCCUGUCAGAUGACGAACUGAAGCACUUAAUACUGAGGGCAUCUGAUGGUUUUCUGUUUGUUGUUGGCUGCGAUCGAGGGAAGAUACUGUUUGUUUCCGAGUCAGUCUACAAAAUCCUAAACUACAGCCAAAAUGACCUGAUUGGUCAGAGCCUGUUUGAUUACCUGCAUCCUAAAGACAUUGCCAAAGUCAAGGAGCAGCUGUCCUCGUCGGACACGGCGCCACGGGAGCGCCUCAUCGAUUCCAAAACUGGCCUCCCAGUAAAGACAGACAUCACCCCCGGCCCAUCCAGACUUUGCUCUGGAGCCAGGCGAUCUUUCUUCUGCAGGAUGAAGUGCAAUCGGCCCCUCAUCAAAAUGGAGGACAAGGACUUUCCUUCCACCUGCUCCAAGAAGAAAGCUGACCGUAAGAGCUUCUGCACAAUACACAGUACUGGCUACCUGAAGAGCUGGCCACCCACCAAGAUGGGUCUAGAUGAUGACAAUGAACCAGACAACGAGGGCUGCAACCUCAGUUGCCUGGUGGCCAUUGGACAGCUGCAUCCCCACAUUGUCCCUCAGCCAAUGAACAAUGAGAUCCGUGUCAAACCCACUGAGUAUGUCUCUCGCCAUGCCAUCGACGGGAAGUUCGUCUUUGUUGAUCAGAGGGCCACUGCCAUUUUGGCUUAUCUACCCCAAGAGUUGCUGGGUACAUCGUUUUAUGAAUACUUUCAUCAAGAUGACAUAGGACACCUUGCGGAAUGUCAUAGACAAGUGCUCCAGAUGAGGGAGAAGAUCAAUACAAACUGCUACAAGUUCAAAAUAAAAGACGGCUCCUUUAUCACGCUGAGGAGUCGCUGGUUCAGUUUUAUGAACCCUUGGACCAAAGAGGUGGAGUACAUUGUCUCCACCAACACUGUUGUCUGUGUGCCUGAAGGAUCUGAUGGCAUCUAUCCUCAGCUCGCCGCCUCCCCCCAGAGCAUGGAUAGUGUACUCACAGACGGAACUGGCAAGCGGGCCCUUCAGACCGUGCCUGGCAUCCCCGGCGGCACAAGGGCAGGGGCGGGAAAGAUCGGCCGGAUAAUCGCAGAAGAGGUGAUGGAGAUCCAGAGGAUAAGAGGCUCCUCGCCCUCCAGCUGUGGCUCCAGUCCUCAUAACUUCACCAGCACUCCACCCCCAGACAUGUCGUCCCCAGGGGGAAAGAAGAUACAGAACAGUGGAACCCCAGAACAUCCCUCAGCAGGGCUGAUACCGGGACCAGACUCCGUAGGCUAUCCGUACUCCAAUAACUCCAAUCUAAGCGAUAACUCUCACAUUGGCAUUGACAUCAUGGAUGAGCCAGGCUCCAGCAGCCCGAGUAAUGACGAGGCAGCCAUGGCUGUGAUCAUGAGCCUUCUGGAGGCAGACGCAGGGUUGGGAGGCCCAGUGGACUUCAGUGACCUGCCCUGGCCACUGUGAGGACUGUCAGGCUUAGGCAAGGCCUCCUAAAUGGGCUGAACAUGGUAGAGUAAGGGCUGGGUGUUACAAUAUUCACAUUGUGUCAGUUUGUGACCAGUACCAGAGAGCCAUAUCAACAGGGCUAAUGUGACUGUAGCCUCACAGUAAGGCUGAAUGCAGGCGGGCCCUGAAAAGGAAGGAAUACUAGGCCUGGGAUCGGCCAUGAUGUACAGUCCACCUCAGUGCGGUUGGGGAAAAGUGAAACUGCCUCAUUACCCCUGUAGUAUUAUUGUAUCAGUCAGUUAUCUGGGUUUUUCUAUGUCCAUUCAUCCUCACAGGCAUUGAACCCAGCUCUUUUAUAAUGGCAUUGUUUUUUUUGUUGUGUUUUUACACUACAAAAAAACAUGUCAAUAUUUCUAAAGAAAAUUGUAUCAUACUUGUUUAUUCUAAUUUUCUCUAAAUAUGUAUAUGUAAAAGUGUAUUGUAUCAGUAGUGAAUUAUUUAAAAAAUAACUUCCUCUA